AUGGGUGCAGCAAAUAAAAAGCAAGAAUGUGCAGUUUGUGGAGCUCCCAAGUCGAUUGAUGGUAAUGCAUUAUCACAAUGUAAGCAAUGCAGUAUGGUGGCAUAUUGUGGCGAAGAACAUCGAAAUUUUGAUUGGAAACGGCAUAAACCGCUUUGCAAAACUGUGCAAUCUCAACUAACAAGGACUGGUGCUACUACACUUUCUGCUACUAUUGGACAGAGAAGUGUUGAUAAACUCACAGAUUCUGAUGGUUAUACAGUAGUGACAGCUGCAAAAUGGUUAGGCGAUAAGCUGUGUGAACAUCUUAUUAAUACAUGCCAUCCAGACAGUCAAAUUCUUGAAAAAACCGUUAGUACACCGGAGAAAGUAUCGAGGAAAAGAUUACUGCAGAUGAACUGCAGGCAUUCUCAACUGAUUGAUCAUUUUGCUAAUUCUGUUUUCACGAUUAGCCUGCACGAUCAUUUGAAAGUACUUGCUGCUAAUGGAUUGGCAAUCCACCAACAACAAGCAGUUGCUUUGCACCUUAAGUGCAUUGCGGAUCAUGCUGUUAAGUGCUUAAAUGAUUAUGGCUGGGCUAUCGUGGAUAAUUUUCUUGGGCAAAAUCACUGUUGUCGCAUUCAUGGGGAAAUGAAUUAUUUGUACAAUAGUGGUGUCUUCAAACCAGGACAACUGAUGGAAACAAGAUUGAAUUCAAAUUCACAAAAUAUACGGUCGGAUAAGGUUUAUUGGUUUGACAGCAAUGAUGAACGAGUAAGUGUGGCAGUGACAGUUCGUUUGCUUGUCUCAAUGAUUGAUUCCAUCAUUGUUCAUUUUAAUGGCCGUGUACCCUAUGAAAUUAAUGGACGCUCACGGGCAAUGCUGGCAAUAUAUCCAUCAAAUGGAACACAUUAUGUGAAACACAUUGAUAACCCGAUGAAAGAUGGUCGUUGUAUUACAGCUAUUUAUUACUGCAAUCAGAACUGGAAUGUUGAAAAGGAUGGUGGUUGCUUCAGGCUUUUUCCUGAAACAUCAGGUGUUCCACUGGAUAUCGAGCCACGAGCUGACCGGCUGUUACUUUUAUGGUCAGAUCGUCGAAAUCCACAUGAAGUUCGACCAGUAUAUCGGGAUCGCUAUGCUAUAACAGUGUGGUAUUUUGAUACGAGUGAAAAAUUGGCAGCAAUGGCAAAGAAGCGUAAACAAAAUGUGAUAGAUGAAAAAGUUGAAAAUAAACAGUUGCAGCAAUCUAUUCUGUUUAAGGAUGAACAGAAGUUGCAUCAGUCGCAAUUUCCUCAUCCGAAUAGUUUCGCAAAACGGGAACCGGACAUAUUGUCAUCGCAUGACAACCUUCCAAGUCAUUUUAACAUUUUUCAUCCUACCGUAUCAUCUAAACAAGAAACGCAACAACCACUACGAGACGUUUUUGAAACAAAGGAAACAAAGCAGAUCAUGAAACAUGAAAACGGUAUACUGUGA